AUGCCCAAGGUGUACGAGAAUGAGAUCGUCUACCCGUACUCGCCGGUGCAUACGCUCAACUGGAUGCUGAGAAAGUAUCCCAACCCCUUUGCGACCCACGUCUUCUCCGUCGACACACUGGAGAGGACGAUCGAUUCCGAGACGGGCCUGUUGCGGUCAGAACGCAUCAUCGGCGUGCGGCAGAGCGCGCCGUCGUGGAUAGCAAAGCUCUUCCAACUUCCGCCAAUCACCUAUGUCCGCGAGGUGGUCUUCAUCGAGCCCGAGCUGCCGCGCGCGACCUCCAUGUCCGUCAACCUCGACCUGGCCGAAUACGUCCGGUGCCUCGAACACAUCACUUACACGCCCUUCUACCCGUCCGCCGCACCCGGCAGCAGCAGCGAAGGCGGCACCGGCAGCCACGAUGCCCCCUCGACGAAAUUCAGCCAGCACGCACUCAUGGUGUCUGGGUUCAAGACCAAGAUGAUUGCGCGCCGGAUCGAAAAGGCUAGCGUGGACCGGUUUGCCGCCAACGCGGGUAUUGGCAAGCAAGGGUUCGAGUGGGUGCUGGAGCGUGGGUUGGAGCUGGCGCACGCGAUCCGCAGGGCUGCGGCGGCCGUGACUGCGUGA